GAAAAAUUGAAAUGAAUAGGGUUUUUAUUUUAAAUUUUCAAUUGAGAGAGGUUUUGUUAAUUUAGCAAACAGAGAUUAGAUCUUCUCUCCGGUAGUAUCGAAUCGAAUGGCACCACCUCCAGCACUUUACUCCGGCACCAGCACUCUCGCUUUGGUUGCUCGGGCAUCGGCAUUCACUUUUGGUGCUGUGUAUGGAACCAUGAAGCUAAAGUUUCUCAAGAUGAAGGCAAACUCGCCAAAAAAAUCCGAAACUGCGGCACAUCAUUGAAGUCUUAAAUGCCGUGAUCUCUGGGUGAAAUAAAGUGAACAAUCAUUUGAAUUGUGGUUUCAUACCUUUCUCUAUAUUUAGCUGGUGAUUCAUUAAGCAAACAGUCAUUUGAAUUGUGUUCAUCUUCUGAAUGAUUAGAAUGGCAUGAGCAAAUCCUUUCAUAUUUUUUGUAUCAAGAAGAAUAGCGGGUUGGUACAGCGGGCAGUGUCUGGCUUCGUUGGAUUUUUUUAUAGUAAUUUUUUUGAACUGCUUUGAAUCUGUAAUUCAGAAUCCACAAUCAGCUGUAAUGGUAAAUUGGUUUUGCAA